UUUAGCAACGGGUUAAAGUUGAAGCGUGAAUCUCUCACGUUUUGGAUUCCGAGUUUGUCAAAAUUUUUUUUAAUAACGGCCAUCCCAUGGCUGUUAUACCGGUUUUGGUCUAAUUAUCUAAAGCAGCAACGUCAGAAGUGGCGAAGACUCUACUUAGUGUAGGUUUGUUUAUGUGGGUAACAUUUAAGUAAUCUUAGGUUAGUGAUGGUGUUUGAGUAAACCCGUGAACUAGAAGUGACAAGUGACGAGGACACGGUGUGUGGUUUAUUGGUUGAUUUAUUCAUCACUGUAAUAUAUAUUGAGGCUUAGUUGCUACUAAACUGAACUAAUGCGUGUUGCUCAAGAAAUAAGUGGAUAAAUUGGUUGUUAAUCUACUGUUGGACGCACAAAAAUGUGAAUUCUCCACAAUGACAGCCCUCUGGAACGCCACCGCUUUCAACACAACCCUCUCAGAAAACCUCACCCUUAGCGACGAAGAUGACAUUUUCUACCCCCCGAGCCUCGUCAUCCCCAUCACAGUAGUCUACGCCAUUAUUUUUCUAAUAGGAGUGGUAGGAAAUGUGAGCACUUGCAUCGUUAUUUCGUGUAAUAAGUCCAUGCACACUGCGACAAACUACUACUUGUUUAGUCUGGCAAUAUCCGACAUGCUGCUACUCAUAUCCGCGCUGCCCCCCGAAAUGUACAGGAUUUGGUCGCCGACUACGUACAUCUUCGGCGAGGCUUUUUGUAUCCUGCAAGGGUUCGCUGCUGAGACUUCCGCGAACGCCACGGUUUUAACCAUCACAGCGUUCACGGUGGAGCGCUACGUGGCCAUCUGCCACCCCUUCCUGUCCCACACCAUGUCGAAGCUCUCCCGAGCCAUCCGCUACAUCGUGAUUAUCUGGAUCGUCGCACUCUGCCUCGCCGCCCCCCAGGCCAUCCAGUUCGGCGUCAUCUACGAGCAGAAGAACGGCAUCCAGUACAGCCGGUGCACCGUGGUGUCGAAUUUCUUCGAGCACGCUUUCGAGAUCUCCACGUUCGUGUUCUUCGUCGGGCCCAUGACUCUCAUCACCGUGCUGUACGUGCUCAUCGGGAUACAGCUGCGGAAGUCGAAGAGCAUGGGGGUGGUGAGGAAGGGCUCGACGAGGAGCAGCAACAGCUGCGAGCCGGGGAAGGGGCGGCAUUCGGCGGCGCAGAAGAGGGUUGUGAAGAUGUUGGUUGCUGUGGUUGCGGCGUUCUUUAUCUGCUGGGCUCCAUUCCACGCCCAAAGACUGCUCGCUGUGUACUUAUCCAACGCCAGUAAGGAGGCCCAGGAAACCACCAUGACCAUAUACAUGGUACUGAUGCACGCCUCCGGGAUCUUGUACUUCAUGUCCACCACCAUCAACCCGGUCCUCUACAACAUCAUGUCCAACAGGUUCCGCGAAGCUUUCAAGAAAACUUUCUCCGACUUGUGGCACCGCCCCUCGCCCCGCCCGCCCACCCAAACUUACUCGGUGCUCAGCCGCUGCGCCCCCAACGCCCGCCAGUUCCAGCGCUCCGUCUCAGAUGGCGCUGAGCGCAUCAACGAAGAACUUAACCUCAAACCGACGAAAUCCUACCAUUUUUUAGGAUGCAACAAAGUGAAACAGGACAGUUCGACAAUAAUCGACUGUAAGACGCUCCAGCCGAUCGUACUGAGCGAGUCGAAGCCUACCCUGACCACGUCGAUCGAGAGUAGUCAGAAGAGCUCGAAGGGCGCGAAGGGCGGGAAGUUUCGAAUUUUUCGCCUGUGGGGCGCUAAAAAAAAGAAGGAGUUCCGGAGGCAGAGUAGCGCCGAAAGUAAUACCAUAAGUAAUUCGAGUUUGCAGGAUAUGGACGAGAUGGAGUACAGUAGUUCGGAUUUGGUGAGGUAUAUGGAGGAGAUUAAUGAAGAUAUUGCGUGAAAAGGGAAGUUGUGAGGACUAUGAUCUCAAUGUGUUGUCUGUGAUGCGAACGUAGGUGUUAAGUGUUUUUCAGUCUUUUUUAUGUAUGUAGGAGUUGUAAAUAAAGGGGUUAUGUGAAAA